UUAUUUUGAAAACAAAAAAAAAGCUUAUCAAAAAACUCAAUUAAUCAAAAAUAUGUGAUACUAUGGCGUGGUAAAUUUUUUAAAAAUUGACAAUGUAAUUAACAAGUGAGACCUCAUUAAAUUUAUUUAAACGACCGUUCUUUGUGCUCUUUUUUUUUUUAAAAAAAAAAUGGAUACAAAAUUUUACGACGAUCUUUCACAUGAUUUUUUGUUAAUGAUGAAUGAUGCAGAAGAUUAUAAUGUGAUUAUUCAAACCGGAGAAGACCCAAACAUAAAAGAAUUUCGUGCACAUUCAAAUGUCUUAAGAGCUCGUUCACCUUAUUUUAAGAGCGCGCUUUCGACAAAAUCUAUUACUAAAAAUAAUAAUAUGAUUGAAUUUAAAAAACCUAAUAUUCGUCCUACCGCUUUUGAAAUAAUUCUCAAGUAUAUUUAUACAGGUGAAAUGGAUUUAUCCAAUCAUUCAGGAGAAGAUAUUCUUGGAGUUGUAGUCGCGUCGGAUGAACUACUUCCCGAGAAAUAUUUUAAAUAUGCUCAAGACCAUUUAAUUGGAAAACAAGCAAAUUGGAUCAAGCAAAAUUUUAUUCUUAUUCUCCAUACAGUCUUCAAACUUCCUAGUUGUAAGAAAUUGCUAGAUUAUUGUGUCAACUCCAUCUGCGCAAAUCCACAACCAUUUAUUACUUCAAAGGACUUUCCAUCACUUGACAAGGAUAUUUUUUAUGAAUUACUCAAACGAGAAGAUUUGCGAAUUGAAGAGGCAGUCGCUUGGGAAUCUUUAAUUAAAUGGAGUAUUGAACAAACUCCUGGUUUAGGAAGUAAGAAUGACGAUAAAACUAAAUGGAACGACAAUAAUUAUAAAGCAUUAAAAAGAACGCUAAGUCAUUUUCUUCCUCUAAUUCGAUUUGUGGAAAUUUCUCAUGCUGAUUUUUAUGAUAAAGUUCGUCCCUAUAAAGCUGUUAUCCCUGAAAAUAUUUACGAGGAGAUUUCCGAAUUCUAUUAUAAAAAUACUUUACCAAAAACUACAACUUUUCCUCCACGAAAAUUAAAGGUCCGAAUUGAAUCAAAACUUAUUAGACUAAAACUUGCUAGUAUAAUUGCUGGCUGGAUCGAAGGAACAGAUGGAAAUUACUUAUCAUAUAAGUACAAUUUUGAUCUUCUUUAUCGUGGUAGUAAGGAUGGGAUUAAUACUAACACAUUUCGAACUAAAUGUAAUGAUCAAGGUCCAUGUUUAGUAUUAGUCAAAUCUCAACAAUCAACAAAAAUUUAUGGAGGAUACAAUCCACUUCAGUUUACAAAUGAUAGCGGACAAUGGAAAUAUACACAUGAAAGUUUUAUAUUUUCUUUUGAAAGUGGCAAAGAUAUUCAAGAUAUGAAAAUAAGUCGCGUGAAUAGCGCUAGUUAUGCAAUAUACGAGUGUUCCAAUUAUGGAUUUAGUUUUGGAAAUACUUUUUAUAUGAAUAGCGAUCAUAAAAUAUAUUUCAAUAAUAACCAAGGCUAUUAUGAUGAUAAAUUUAAUAAUAUUAGAAGUCCAUACGUAAAUCAAAAUGACAGUUUUGUUCCAAAGGAAAUUGAAGUAUUUAAAUUAACUAAAGCUUCGUGAGAUAGUUAAUAUUGUAUAUAAAAAAAAUAACGUUAUUUAUAUAGGAUUUUUACACCCGAUUCUCGUUAAUAAAGAAUUGCUAUCAAAGUUUAACCAAUAUAUGAUAUUGCAAUUUAUUUUCUGACAUCUUUUUCCAGUACCAAAAUUAGUAAAUUUAUGCGCCACAUUUCCAAAAUUCUGGUCGGUUUCAUUCAUACAAUAUAUAAAGCGAAGCAACUCAUUUCAAAGAUAAUAAUUACUUACCAGGUUUUCCAUAAACAAAUAAGAAAUAUGAAUUUUAUCAUAAAGUAAAAUAUUUAAAUAAAUUUAUAAUUAUGAUACUUAAGUUCUAUAAUAACCCAAAAAUUAAUUAUUGUUAUCCUAUGUUCG